UGUAGUAACAAAACUUGAUGAUGCUUAAAUGAAAAUAGCUGAAUAAAUGCAUGGGAUGGGCCAGUAAUUAAUCACCACAUAAUCCCAAUUCACAUAAAGCUUAGUAUAAAGGGAUAGCUGACACAUCACAUGGUAAUAUUUCAGCAGCACAUAAAAAUGGCUGAUACAUACAGAAAUUCGAUUCCUCUGCUGCCAUUGAUGAUAUUUUGGCUGUGUCUCUGUCUAAGUGUUUCAGCUAAACUUGUGCAGAUUCGACACCGUGUCAAAGACGAAAGCCAAGUGAGCUUCUUGGCUGUGGGGGACUGGGGAAGGAAGGGAGGCUACAAUCAAUCUGCCGUGGCUCGAAGCAUGGGCGUGAUCGGGGAUAAGCUAGGCAUCGAGUUUGUGAUCUCGACCGGUGAUAACUUCUACAGCGAUGGAUUGACGGGGACGAACGACUCUGCAUUCGCGGAGUCGUUUACCAAAGUAUACAGUGCUAGAAGCCUUCAGAAACCCUGGUAUGCAAUACUGGGUAACCAUGAUUAUCACGGGAACACCGAGGCGCAGUUGAGUCCGUUACUCAAAAAGCGCGACAGCCGAUGGAAUUGCUUCAGAUCUUUCACUAUACAAGCUGGGUUCCUGCAGAUUUUCCUCAUUGACACGAAUCCUUUCGUGGACAAGUAUUUUCUUAAGACACCAAGCAACUUUAACUGGAAAGGCGUUCUCCCCAGAAACAAAUACCUAUCUAACCUUCUACAGGAUUUUAAAACAGCCCUGAGGGCGUCCAAAGCUACCUGGAAGAUCGUGGUCGGACAUCACCCUAUACGAAGCAUUGGGGAACGAGGCGACACCGUGGAGCUUCUCAAGUACAUCCUGCCUAUUCUGCAGGAAAACAAGGUUCCCAUCUACAUAAAUGGACAUGACCACUGUCUGGAACACAUCAACAACAUUGGAACCCCAAUCGAAUUCCUAACGAGUGGAGGAGGGUCCAGGGCGUGGAGUAACACUACUCAUUAUGAUAGAUACAAGAACAACUUGAAAUUUUACUAUGACGGGCAAGGGUUCGUCUCAGUUCAACUUACAAGAACAGAAGCAAAUGUAGCUUUCUAUGAUGCUUCUGGCAAAACCCUGCAUAGUUUCAAUUUGAAAAAAUAA